CUGACAACAACGCGACAUAACCUGCAAAGGGACUGGAGAUUCAUCGAUUGACGAGGGGUGGUUUGGUUUCAACGGUCUUCAUAAAAGCAGGCAAUAUUCAGUCACCAUCGGGAAACACGACGAGUCAGGGCGCGAUGAAGGAACCCGAAGUGGAUCCGAAGAACAUGAUAAAGAGCAGAGAACUGCUCUACAGGCUAAUGAUCAGUCAGUUAUUCUACGAUGGCCAUCAGACGUUAGCCGUGCAAUUAUCCAACGUGAUACAAGCGGAACCGCCGUGUCCGCCCUCGGAUCGAUUGCUUCAUUUAACGUUAAUCGGUGCCGCGCACGAGCCAGAUCGUUCCAAGAAAGAUAACAGCAAUAAUCUGUCCACAUUUGCGUCGAGCUUUGACAACACUUUAGGACCUGGACUAGACUUGGAAUUUGAGACGGAGACUCAGACUCAGGCUCCGGAACCGGCGCAGUACGAAACUGCGUAUGUGACAUCCCAUAAAGGAAAUUGCAGGGCAGGAGCCUUCUCAGCGGAUGGACAGUUAAUAGCUACUGGCUCUGUGGAUGCUUCUAUCAAGAUUUUGGAUGUGGAUAGGAUGCUAGCUAAAUCCGCACCGGACGAGAUGGCGCCCGGAGAUCAGACCGGUGGCCAUCCAGUUAUAAGAACAUUGUACGAUCAUUUGGAAGAAGUGACGUGCUUAGAGUUUCAUCCUAGGGAACCUAUUCUUGUGUCUGGUAGUCGCGACUUCUCAGUAAAACUAUUCGAUUUUAGUAAAGCUAGUGUCAAAAAAGCAUUCAGAACCAUCACGGAUGCUGAUCAAAUCCGGUGCUUAUCCUUUCAUCCUACUGGAGAUUUCCUCAUAGUUGGGACUAACCAUCCAGUAGUUAGGUUGUAUGAUGUGAAUACUGCACAGUGCUUCGUGUGCAGCAUACCAAGUCACCAACAUACGGCUGGGAUAACAAGUAUCAAGUAUUCACCUGAUGCAAAGACUUACGCAUCGGCUGGUAAAGAUGGCAGCAUCAAACUCUGGGAUGGUGUAUCGAAUCGAUGUAUAAAUACCUUCGUGAAAGCGCAUGACGGUUACGAAGUAUGCUCGGUGACCUUCACAAGGAAUGGCAAGUAUUUACUGUCCUCAGGAAAAGAUUCCUUGAUAAAGUUGUGGGAAUUGUCUACUAGCAGAUGUUUAAUAGCAUAUACAGGUGCUGGAACUACAGGUAAACAGGAACACAAGGCACAAGCUAUUUUUAAUCAUACCGAAGAUUAUGUGAUGUUUCCCGACGAAGCCACGACUUCAUUAUGCGCUUGGAAUUCUCGUAAUGCAUCACGAAAGCAGUUAUUGUCUUUGGGUCACAACGGUCCCGUGAGACUAAUCGUGCACUCACCGACAGCUCCUGCUUUUUUGACAUGUAGUGAUGAUUUUAGGGCAAGAUUUUGGUUUCGAAGGAUGCCGACUCACUAGCGGCUUACUAUUAAAAUCGGCAAUUAAAGGACUCUAUAAGAGAUGACAGAAUAUUCUUUCUGAUAAUUUUCAAUUUUAUGAAAAGGUAAAAUUACGCUGAAAUCAAAGGUAUUAUGCAUGUAAGAUUGAGCAUAUGAUAUCAGAUAUAAUUAUGAGAAAAAUGUUACAUAUUUAUUUUAUUUUUUGUUUUAUUUAGACUAAGAGCAAGAAACAUACUUUGCAUAUUUUAUUAUUUUAUUUUAAUUGCACAAUACACCUGCACAACAACAACUGCAAUAUAAAUAAUAUACGAUUUUUGAUAAUACUUUUCUCUCAUAAUGAACUCUCAUGUGAACAAGUACAAAAGAGAAUCUUAUCUCUGUUUCAAAGCAGCAUAUAUAAUUAAAAAUCUUGAAGAUAGUCUUAUAAACAAAAA